AUGUGUUUCAGUUGUAGUUCGUUCUUCAUAGUGAGUGCUGUGUCUUUUAUAUACCGGCGAAACCCUACUUUUUUAUCUUACUCGAGAGACUGUUAAUAACAUUAUCUGUCUAUCUCGCCGUCAAACGUUUAUACAACGAGAAAAUGCCUUAUCGCGGUAGAGUACGAUUGUUUAGCAGAGCCUGCUUCGCUCUAAGAAACUCGUGCGCAGAGAAGAGUAACACGCAUUUUGCUGCUAGUAUACGCGGCAGGAAUUUUUCAUCAAGCAGUGCACUCAAUAUGAGGUUUGUACAAUUCACCAGCAAAAAUGGCGGACCGCAACACCUAGGGGUGCAACUGGUGCAGGGUGGCGACGUGAUCGCGGUGUCCCAAGUGGACUCGCGUAUUCCGAAUUCCUUAAAGAAGUUCCUCGAGGGUGGUGACGAUCUACUGAAGAAGGCUAAAAGCGAAGGUGAUGUCGACCUGAAGACGCUAGUAGAGAGAAUAGUGGCUGAAGGACGAAGCGUAAUACCGGAAGCGGAAGUGACGUUUUUGGCGCCAGUGACGCGGAUGGACAAGUUAGCCUGCAUCGGUCUGAAUUACAGCGGCCACUGCGAGGAGCAAGGUGUAUCGACACCUGAAAGUCCUGUGGUCUUCAGUAAAUUUCCUAGCAACAUUAUCGGCCCUCGUGACAACAUCAUGCUUCCCUCGAUUUCCGACAAAGUCGACUGGGAGGCCGAGUUAGCGGUGGUAAUUGGUAAAAAGUGCAAAGCACUGAACAAGGAUGAAGGGGAGGAGUGUAUCUUCGGCUAUACAGUAGCGCAGGAUAUCACAGCGCGAGAUUGGCAGAAAUCAAAAAGAAACGGUGGUCAAUUUCUUAUCGGUAAGGCGAUGGAUACGUUCUGUCCAUUAGGACCGGUUGUCGUCACCAAAGAAGCCAUAUCCGACAUCAAUAAUCUAUCCGUAAAGACAUGGGUGAAUGGUAACAUCAAACAGAACGGAAACACCAGCGAGCUGAUUUUUAAACCCCAUGAAAUCGUUGCCUAUAUUUCACAAUUUAUGACCCUAUUACCGGGAGACGUGAUUCUAACAGGUACACCAGCUGGUGUAGGAUUUACCCGCAAGCCGCCAGAGUUUCUACAGCGCGGUGACGUGUUGGAAACGGAAAUCGAGGGUCUAGGCCGCAUGAGAAACAAAGUUCUCUGAUCUGGUGAAAGGGUUGCACCCAUAGAAAACGUACCGGAGCGUUACAGAAGUAGGAGCCGUCGUCAGAACAGUCAUGGGUCAAAUCCCGAUUCGUUCUGAACAGGUUCAAUGCACGAUAACGUGAAGGAAACGAAAGCAGAAAAACAAUACCUGACGAUAAACGCGUCAGUGACUGUACAAAAAUUAGAUACGAUAUUGUUCGUGCCUCCCGGCGGUGUUCGAAUGUUAUCGAUGAAAUUGAAGCCUGCGCCACACGUUUAUGCAUCACUACAAUGCUACACCUUUUUACAUGCAUCGUACUUGUACAAUUAAAACAAGACUGUUUCUAAAAUAACGAAUUACCCUGUCUACGUGUUUUUUUAUCGAUUGUUUUUUUACCAGCCUCUAUGAACUUCUAUUAAAAUAUUUUUCGACGAA